AUGCCUGGAAUACCGACCGCGAAGGUCACUGACCCAGAGAUGGAGGCAAUCGCGGUGAUUGGAAUCGGGUGUCGAUUUUCAGGAGGUGCAACGUCAGUGGAGGAAUUCUGGCAGAUGUUAUGCGAGGGGCGAACUGGACACGGAAAGAUUCCCUCCAGUCGUUACGAAGCCUCCGCCUUUCAUCACCCGACACAUGAACGAAAAGGAGCGAUUAAUCAUGAUAGUGGUUUCUUCUUGCAAGAAGACCCGGCGCGCUUUGACGCGCCGUUCUUCUCGAUCACCGCUAAGGAGGCGGCGGGAAUGGACCCUGCACAGCGACUUUUGCUCGAGGUAGCCUAUGAAGCCUUUGAAAAUGGCGGAAUUCCCAUUGACACACUUCCUGGGAGUGAUACGGCUGUAUAUUCCGGCUCAAUGACCAAUGAUUAUGAAUUAUUGUCAACCAGGGACAUUUAUGAUAUGCCCCAUAACUCAGCCACUGGAAAUGGCAGAACUAUGUUGGCCAACCGGUUAUCAUGGUUCUUUGAUCUGCAAGGCCCGAGUAUUAUGAUGGAUACCGCCUGUUCAUCAAGUCUUACUGCAGUUCACCUUGCAACACAGGCCUUGCGCUCUGGCGAGUGCGGAAUGGCCCUUGUGACAGGAGCUAGUCUCAUUUUACACCCUAAUUUUACACAAAGGCUUUCAUAUAUGCACAUGAUGAGCCCUGAUGGCCUAAGCCACUCAUUUGACGAGUCCGCAAAUGGAUAUGGUCGAGGAGAAGGUUUUGGUGCUGUGCUUUUGAAGCCUCUGUCGGCAGCAAUGGCCGAUGGCGACAACAUUCGAGCCAUCAUUCGAGGCACUGGAAUUAAUCAGGACGGUCGCACCCCUGGAAUUACAUUGCCAAGUCCAACAUCUCAAGCGAACUUGAUUCGGUCUACCUAUGAACGGCAUGGCCUUUCAAUGCGGGAUACAGCUUAUUUUGAAGCGCAUGGAACUGGUACUCCUGUCGGUGAUCCGAUUGAACUAUCUGCUGUUGGAAUGACCCUUGGCCAGGCUCGAACUCCGACCGAUGAGCCGAUAUACGUGGGCUCCGUGAAGACCAAUCUUGGCCAUACUGAAGGUGCCGCUGGUGUCGCCAGUUUAAUUAAGGUCAUUCUAUGCCUGGAGAAGGGUACGCUGGUACCGAAUGCCGGUUUCAAAAACAUCAACCCCAAAAUCCGCCUAGAUGAAUGGAGAUUACGCCUUAGUGACAAAACGAUGCCUUGGCCCGAUCAUCUGCCGCAACGGGCAAGUAUUAACUCAUUCGGAUUUGGUGGCUCAAACGCCCAUCUUAUCUUGGAAAGCACCAAGGAGUUCUUCAAGGGAGACGGUGAGGACAAAGACCCCCUUCCUCGUAUCGUGGUGUUCUCGACCUUUGAUCAAUCUGGUAUCGAGCGACUUGGCGAAAACUGGAGCAAAUAUCUUCUACGUCAACAAAAGUCCGAGCAAGACAUGCCGUUAAAAGACCUCGCUCAUACUAUGUUGACACGCCGUUCGCAAUUGGGCUUCCGCAGCUUUGCCGUCGCCAACUCCCUCGAUCAGCUGCAGAUCAGCCUUGAGAAAGGAUUGCCAAAAUUUGCCCGCGCGAGCCGUAAAGCCCAAACUAAACUUGCCUGGGUUUUUACCGGCCAGGGUGGCCAGUGGCCUGGUAUGGGUAAAGAACUGUUGAGGGUCCCGGUUUUUAAGCAGAGCAUAGCUCGGUCACAAGAAAUUCUCACAUCAAUGGGCUGUCCUUUCGACAUCGUCCAAGAAAUUCGUUUGGAUGGAAAGGACAGUCAGAUGAACCGGCCUGAUCGCAGUCAACCCAUUACAUGUGCGCUGCAGAUUGGAUUGGUCGAUCUCUUGACGAGCUGGUCCGUUCGACCUCAGGCUGUGGUUGGUCACUCCAGCGGCGAGAUCGCUGGUGCAUAUGCAGCUGGCUAUCUUUCCCACGAGGACGCCAUGCGGGUGGCCUGGUUCCGUGGCUUCUUCUCGCAGCAGGCUGCCGAGAGUGAUCGACGCGGCGGUAUGCUGGCAGCUGGACUCUCAGCAGAAGGCGCUAAGAAGUAUCUCGACGAGCUGCCUCCUCGCUCAGUUGUCGUUGCUUGUGUCAACAGUCCCGUCAGCGUAACACUCUCUGGUGAUGUGGACCAGAUUGACAAGCUUGAGGCCAAGAUCCAAGCAGAUGGUGUUUUUGCUCGCAAGCUCCGAAUCGACACCGCCUAUCACUCACCUCACAUGGAGGAUCUGAUUGAGGUGGUCGGAAAUGCAAUUGCCUGUAUCGAGCCAGAAGAUCGAUUCAAUGGAUCGAUUCCCAUGCUCUCGUCUGUCACGAAAGAGCGUGUUUACCCUGCAGAGUUGGGUGGGCCAUACUGGGUAAGAAACAUGAUCAGCUCAGUUGAGUUCACUGCUGCCGUGACGGAGCUCUCAAAGUUGAGCGAGUCUAUCAAGGGUCGUCGACGCCCGGUCCCGAUCAAAUGGACAGCUUUGCUGGAAAUUGGUCCACACUCUGUCAUGAAGGGACCUGUUUCUCAAAUUCUGCAAGCUGUCAGUCCAAGCAUGGCAUCGCUGCCAUACCAUUCACUGGUAUCACGCAACCAGAACUCUCUGCAGACUUCGUUUGAAGUUGCUGGUAUUCUAUGGAGUACAGGACAUACACUAGACCUCGCCGCAGUGAAUAGCUGUGUCGACUCCACCCCUCCGGCAAUGGUCUCUGAUCUACCCUCCUAUCCCUGGAAUCACCAGACGUCAUUUUGGCACGAGCCUCUCGAGACUGCCCAACUAAGACAGCGCAAGCACCCGCGCCACGAUAUCCUGGGAGCUCCUCUUGACUACCAAAAUGCCCUCGAGCCUCGAUGGAGAAAUUUCCUUCGCCUCUCGGAGAACCCAUGGAUGUCUGACCAUAUUGUGGCUGGGUCUAUCAUGUUCCCGGCCGCUGGAAUGCUUGUAAUGGUCACAGAGGCCGCAAGACAAAUGGCGGAGAACCAAGCCAACAUCAAAGGAAUUGAGUUCCAAGAUGUUCACUUUAUGCGUGGUGUGGUGAUUCCAGAUGAUGAUAGAGGUCUCGAAACUGUUCUCCAAGUCUCGCCCCACUCAGGAAUGCCAGGCUGGUAUGAAUUUGGAAUUUUCUCCCUGCCAUCGGGUGGUGGUUGGAUCCAACAUUCAAAGGGCGCCUUUGCGACGCGAUAUGAAAAUCGUGACAGUAUCCAAUGUGCUGACAACUGGGCUGCUGCCGUUGCUCGCAUCAAAGAUACCCAGAAUGUCGCUCAAGCGGGCGACAUGAGCCAGGCAUAUCAAUGGCUCUCGCAGACUGGAGGUCUCACAGUUGGACCUGCUUUCCAAGCUAUGACCGAUGUUUCAUUCUGCGAAUCCGCACCUCGUAUUUGGGUAUCCGGUUCGGUGACAGAUACAAAGUCAGGCAUGCCCUCUGAGAAAGAAUCUGCAAGUUUCAUUCACCCCACCACUCUUGAUUCUCUCUUCCAGAGUGCCCUCCUAUCAUGCUCCGAAUCCCUCUCGAAUAACAACGCCAACAUCCCCGUCGGAGUGGACCAUGUCUAUAUCUCUGUAGGAUUCCAACCUCAAGCCGGUGAGAAAUUUGUGAUCCACACGGAAAGUCAGUAUAAGGAUGGCAAGUCGCGAUCGCAGUGUAUUGCGUCAGAUAUUUCUUUGUCGCAGCCUUGGGUUACCUUCGAAGGUGUUCGUCUUGGACGACUUCCUUUCAACCCCAACUCUCAAAAGCAGCAGGAUCUCAACUCAGAGAGCCGCUACUCGUCCAUCGUUUGGGAAGAGCAUCUCGAAUCCCCACACGCCACUGCCUCAGCGGACGCAGAGAAUAAGAAGGGAACAUCCGUCGAAAAUGGUCUGCUGCAGCCAAGUGACUGGAUGAAGCGCUUGUGUCAUACCAAUGGAGACGCUAGAGCACUGAUUGCCACUUCCACCGCAUCUAGUCCUUGGAUUCAAGCUUUCCAAGCUCUCGCCCCGGGCCGAGGAUUUAGACCUUGCUGGAGUAAAGCGACCAUCGCCCUGUGCGGCGGUGAUGAUGAGCUGAAGGACAAAAUCUCUGGGGAGAAUGUUGGAACUCAAGUCAUCUCUCUCUCGGCUAUUAACGAUCUUCCAACAUCGUUCUCCGAGGCGGCUUAUGACUUGAUUGUUCUUGAUGAGCCAAGCAUCUGGGGCAGCAAAACCAUGAAUGCUGUUGUGUCCUCUUUGCCCACAAUUCUGGACCAAGGUGGCUUUGCAGCAAUCAGGGUCUCUGACAAGAACUUCGAUCUUGCCAUCGAGACUCUUCAACGCUUUGUCAGCCUUGAAAUUUACGACUUGACUGCAGACCGUGGCUUUAUCAUAGCUCGCAAGACACCGGAGGCCUGGACCACUGACCCUGAGAUAUUUGUUCUGGGUGGAAAGGAAAUGUCAAAAUCGCAGCCCAUCUUCGAUUCUCUCGCUAAGGUCUUCACCACUCGUGGCGCUCGACUGGUACGAAUUGGAUUAGAUGAAGCUGCCUCUCUAGCAGGCAAAACCGUCAUUUCGUUGCUUGAUCUAGAAAGCUCCUGGGUUUCUGACUGGAAAGAAAGUGAUCUGCAGAGCCUCCAGGGCCUUAUUAAAGCCCAGAACCUUCUAUGGGUCUCACCCUUCUGGGGCCAAGGACCUAUAGAGAAUGCUGGAAACGGUGCUAUGAGCGGUCUUUUGCGAACACUGCGCAAUGAACACUGGAACACCACUAUUCCCCAGCUCCUCGUCGAUGAGCAUGAUUUGAAGAAGAGCACCUGCCUAGCCUCCACAGUCCUCCAUGUUCUGCAACUGACCACUCAAAAGUCCACUCGCCGAUCGGACUUGGAAUUCAGACUUUCUAACGGCAAGCUACUUAUUCCACGAGUUAUCGAAACACCCGCUGUGGACGAGGCGAUGCAGACCUUGAUGCAUGGCCCUAGGCCAGUUCCCUCUGAGCUCGCGCUUGAUCCCAGACAUCUCCAAUUGAAAUACCAAGAUGCGGAUACCUUCCAUUGGGAGGAGCAGCCAGAUUUCUCUGCGGAGCUUUCUCAGGACCAAGCUGAAAUCAAGGUUGAGAUGGCUUCGUUGUCCAACUUGAAUGGUGAAUCUGGGAAGACCCCAGAUACUGGCCUGCCAAUGUUCGAGAUAAUCGGCAAAGUCACUCGCAUUGGCUCCAGCGUGCGGGAUCUUGAUGUCGGCGACAAAGUGUUGACCUUGGCUUCGCAAGGAUCGCCACUUGCGACAACAAUGCGCCUGCCUGAAAGUGAGACCGUUAGGAUCCACGCCAAUAUGAGCCCGGAAAAGGUCAUUUCGACCCCAAUCGCAUAUCUAAACGCGCACCAAAUAAUCACCAAGGUCGGGCGUCUCGGAUCGAACGAUUCCAUCUUGCUUGUCGGCCCCAUCAGCCAAACUCUGCGAUCAAUGAUUGACUACUCCCUUGCCUUGGAUAUGCAAGUCAUCGUUGCUACCGACUCCCAGGACACAAUCGAUAUUCUGGCUUCGCGCUACCCGACUCUCAAAGACCGUGUUCUUAGCGUUCACAGCAGUCUAGAGACCAGUGUUAGCAGACUAACCAACGGAAGUGGAGUCGAUGCCAGUGUGUGCUUCAUGGGUGGCUAUCCUGGCCGAGUUGCAGCAAGAUGCCUUGUUUCUGGUGGGCAAUACAUCAACUUGUCCAGCGAUAUGAAGCUCAGCGCGCUGCCAGAAAGUUUUAUCGAGAGUGGCUGUACCUUUUCUUCGCCCCAGCUACAAAAGAUCUUCUCGGAGAAGCCUGGAAACCUCCAUUCCUCCCUUCGUCAUGUCAUCGACUUCAUGAAGAAGCAUCGACUGCUGGAUAGAGUUGAGCCCUACAAUUCGUUCCCUGUAUCCGAUCUCCAGAAUUCUCUCAAGCACUGCCAAGUUAACCACACUCGUGCUAUACUUGAUCUGCAGGCACCUGGAAAGGUUCCAAUCGUCCUCCCACUGCCCGAUCUUACCAGAUUACCUGCUCAAAACACCUAUAUUCUGGCCGGUGGUCUGGGUAAUCUAGGAUUAGCUUUUGCUGAGACUCUAGUUGAAUCUGGGGCUCGGCACCUGGUAUUUCUCGGACGAUCCGGCGUCGCGCAACGCGGCCAACAACUAUCCCUCGAUCUACUCCGUAAUCAGGGCUGCCGUGUCGACAUAGUGAAAUGUGAUAUUUCUAGAGCCGAAGAUAUCGAGCAUCUCGUCUUCAAAAUUCGCAGCAUGAAGUGGAAUGUGGCAGGUGUUAUACAAUGCACAACAGUUCUCAAGGAUGCGAUGUUUGAGAACAUGACUUUUGAUGACUGGAAAAAGUCCACUGACCCAAAGAUCCGUGGCACUCUAAAUUUACAUAAUCUCUUCUCCGAGGAUGAUUUGUCCUUCUUUGUCGGUUUGUCCUCUGUGGCAAGUGUCAUUGGUAAUAUGGGUCAGACUAAUUACUCUGCUGGAAACGGGUUCAUUGACGGUCUCAUGGAGUGGCGUCGUGCCAACGGGCUUUCUGGCGUAUCCAUCAACAUCGGUCUUGUUCCAGAUGCCAGUGGUCUCAGUGAUGUUGCUGAAGAUCAGGAACAACGUCGCCGCCGAUACAAGCACCUGGAAGGAACUGAGAUCAUGACUCAAGAGCUCCAGACCUUGCUCAAGGUCGUGAUUAACAGCAAGAUUCCACUGCCAUCUCAGAUUGUUGCUGGUAUGACUGAUAAUCUGUCUCGCAAGACUCCUCCGGCAGACUGGCUCUUUGAUCGUAAAUUCGAUCACCGCCUGUCUCUUGCCGUGGAGGAGGAGGACGAGUCCGCCGUUACUACUGCUAGCCUGCUAAAACAGGCUGAUACUCCCGAGACCGCCACUCAGAUUGUCACAGACGUCUUGAGUGAAUACCUGGCAAACGAAAUGGCUACAACUGCCGAUGCUAUCGAUAUGGACCUGCCGUUAUCCGCAUUGGGAGUUGAUUCUCUCAAAGCCACCGCGGUUCAAAAUUGGGUCUCCCGCGAGUUGGGCGCCGAGCUGACUUCUUUCGAGUUCCUUGGUUCCCAACCCACCAAGGCCCUAGCGAAGAAGAUCGCUGCUGCUAGCUCUUUCGUACCAGCUUCAAGCUAG